AUGGAGAGCGAAACGCCAGCUAUAGAAGACUUCUAUUCUGGACCUGUGAAGGAGUGUGUGUACAAGAUCUUUUUCUAUUUGUCUGUACUUACAUCUUUUAUCAGAUCAACUAAUAACUUCAACCCCUUUGCUGAUGCAACAAAGGGUGACGACUUACUCCCGGCGGGGACUGAGGAUUACAUUCAUAUAAGGAUCCAGCAGCGAAACGGAAGAAAGACACUAACAACAGUUCAGGGAAUUGCAGAUGAUUAUGACAAGAAGAAACUGGUGAAAGCUUUCAAAAAGAAAUUCGCUUGUAAUGGUACUGUGAUUGAACAUCCUGAAUACGGUGAAGUUAUCCAGCUUCAGGGUGACCAGAGGAAGAACAUUUGCCAAUUCCUCUUGGAGAUUGGCAUUGUCAAGGAAGAACAACUGAAAGUCCAUGGUUUCUAAAAUACCUGUAUGCUUGUGAAGAACCCUGCAGUAUUUGGUCUUACCUGGCCUGGCCCUUCUGUGAAAAAUGAAUCUUUGCAGUGAAUGGACUUCCCUGUUACCUGAACAUUUAAAGUUUGAUUUGGAUUUGCAUGACUGCAUGAAACAUAUGGUGUGUAGACUAGAAACACAUAAGAAAGCUUCAGUCAGGUAGUAAUGAAGACGUGUGUGAACUUUAGCACAUUUCCAAUGGAAAUGUUUUAGUGAUGAUUGUUCAGUUUAGUACUCUCCACCUGACUGAAGUGUGUGGGUAGUAUUACAAUAGUGCGUGUUGUUGCUUAAAAAUAAAAGUUUAUUCAUAU